AUCAUACAUAUAUAUUUCAAUAUAUGCAGUCUUUACUGGAAACGGGUCGUUCCUGCUGUUAACAAGUCGCUAUAAGAUUAAAACAAAGAAUGACCAUUAUACUUACGAGAUGAAAGCUUUGGAUUCUGAUAAGAGCUGGCAAUUGUUUUUGAAAACAGUUGAUAAAAUUACAAGUGUUGAGAACAGAUUCUCAAAGAACUUGGAGAAGAAGGGAAAAGAGAUGUUGAAAAAAUGUUGGGGUUUGCCGAUAGCUAUAAUAGAUGUUGCUAGGCAGAAAGCAAAGCAAAGACUCUCGGGGAUGGCAUGGGAAGAAAUUUUUGAUUCAAUUGAUUUGAGUGAAUCAUUGAAGUUAUUGGAACCGAUGUAUUUCGAAUUGGAGGAAGUAUUAAAGCCACAUUUCUUGCUUCUUUCCCUUUUCAAGGAGAAUGCAAUAAUGAGAGACGAAAAGUUGGAACAAAUUUGGGCUGCAAAUGGAUUAGUUUUUGAUGGAGGUAUAACGGAUUUAGCUGAUAGGUCGAUUAUUGAAGUCUUUGGGCAAGGCUUCUACAUGACAAAGACAAAGUGUCACCUCAAUCCUCUACUACACAUGCUAUCAAUCAGAAAAGCAGAGGAAGAAAUGGGCUUAGAGGUCUUAAGGAGCAAUGGAAACAGUAGACCUUCUCAGAAUGCCCGCCAUCGUGUUAUCCAUUGUGGACGUGAGAAGUUUAAUUAUUUCACGAAUCAAGAUAGUGAACAACUUCUUUCUCUCAUCUUCCUUGGAGGUGGUGGCUACCUAGACAACGCUAGCUCGUCUUAUUGGGAGAGUUUUGAACGACUCAAAAUACUUGACAUAGAAGAUUUUGGGUUGAAGACUUUAUCAGAUUCCAUUGGCACAUUGAUUGAGUUAAGUUACAUGGGUUUGAGAAAUAAUCACUUACAAGAGAUCCCACGCUCGUUCGGGGGCUUGAAAAAGCUUGAGGCUCUUGACAUAGCUCAUAACUUUAUGGUGGAGGUCCCAGAUGUUUUAUGGGAAAUGGAUAGCCUUCGUCAUCUCCACAUGUCUAAUGUGAUUUUUCGGAAGGCUUUGAAAGUAGAUGCGCUGCAGAAUCUGGAUUCUCUAACAUACGUCUCGAUUUAUGAUCUCCACAUGUCUAAUGUGAAUAAACUCCAAAAGUUGGGCAUUGAAGAAGUUGAUGAAAACUCAGAUUUAGACACACUCUUUGCAACGCUAGCUAAGACUUCAUACUUUCCUGUGGUUUUAGUAAGAGGGUUUCGUUAUAGAAGCAUGCCGUGUUUGGACGAAAUCGGUGGUAUACGAUACCUCAAGACACUAAAACUAGAUGGGCGCAUAGGUAGGCUACCAAGUGCUGAUACUUUGCCUCAUUUUAUUAGGAGCAUAAUAUUGGUAAAUACUUGUCUUGAUGAAGACCCCAUGCCAAUAUUAGAGAAGCUCCGAUCCCUAGCCCACCUGAAACUGCGAAAUGCAUACACUGGUCGAGAAAUGGUGACCCAGGGCGAUGGAUUUUUCUGCCUCGAAGUGCUUUGCAUCAAAGAUUUGUGGAAUCUUAGAAAGAUACAAGUUGAUGAUGAAGCAAUGUACCGUGUCGAGGAAAUAGAAAUCAGUAACUGUCCAAAGCUGGAUACAAUCCCGGAAGGGAUUCGGAAGAUGUCUAAACUACAAAAGUUUAAAAUGGUAACAACCAAACACAUUGCGACAAAGAUCAGAAAAUCAGGGUUGACCUCCAAUAUUUUUGAGGUGGAUAUCUAUCCAUAGUUUGAAGUUGAUAUAUAUCUGGCCCUCACAAUCACGAGACAUAGAAGUCACCAUACCGACUGAUCAAGACAACAGAAGGCCAACAGCUGGACGACCAAAGAGAAAGAGAUCGCGUCCAACGAAAUUCGGAGAUUUCACCAAUUACUAGACCAUUAUUCUGUAAUCUUUUGUGUUUUAGCUUUGUUUUAUUUUCGCAAGAAUAUUAUGUUUUAUUUGGUAGUUAGAGUCAAUCUUCUUGGGUUUUCUUCUUGAUUCUUUCCCAAGUCGUAAAGUCCGAAUCAGGCAGGGGCAAUUCUAUAAAUUAUAGAAUUCCCAUAGAUCAAGUCAUUGAGAAAUAAAGCUUAUCUUUUUCUUAUUCAUGUUACAAACCCUAGCACCUCAACUAGGGCAAGCUUAUUUUCUCUUUAAUCUCACACCCUCGGCCUCACGCAAUCCAUCAAACCCUAUUAGUUCCCUUUGUCUUUGUAAACAAACUACAUUAGAAAGAUACAGGUUGUAGAAGGUGCAAUGUAGACCGAUACGUGUGUCUCGAUGAGCUCGGCCAUUUCUUCAGCACUGCUGUUGCUCCC